CUGGGGAAGACCUCUCUAUGCAUCUGGAUCAAGCCUCACCACAAGUGGCCAUCGACUUAGAGGGAAUUCAAGCUUCCAAUACAUUCAUUGGCCACAUCCGGAUUCAGGCGCGCCAACUUCCGGUGCCAAACAUGGCGGACAUGGAAGAGCGGAUUGUGAUGACGCCGAAGGGAAAGACGGCAAACUCCACGACGAUAAUGAUAGACCGACGGAAGAUGGCGUCCCAGGACGGCAACGUCCACGUGGGCGGGGGCCAGCACUCCGGAAUCAUCGUCAACAAGGACGUCACUUCUAAUGGCAUCGAAGACACGCCCGCGCAGCUGCAACUGGAAUUCAAAGUGUUCUUGAUCAAUGCCCAGACGCAGAAACACACGCAGGAGAGCAGACAGCUCCGUUUCUGGUUCCGGGACACGGUCGCCGACAAGGAGCGCAUGAAGAGCGCUCAGGAGUUCUUCAAGGAGCUGGUGGCGCCCUUAGAGUUUCCUCGAGAUUACGUCGGUUUCAUAAAGAAGAUCAUGAAGAUGAUGCAACACAAGUAUCAGAGCAUUAGCAAGAUUGAGAUCGAGUUGAAGCAACUCGAGGAAUCUGACAAGCCACCGACAAGACCGACAAGGCCGGGGGGCGUCUUGUACACGGUGGGCCGCAGCGAACCAGACAGAGUGGAAGAUCAGAAGCCAGAACUCACGGAGGAGAAGGUCCUCGAGAUGAUCGAGUCGUCGUAUCCCAACCCCAUAACUGUGAAUGACAUGGCAAAGAGAUCAUCUGCCUCAAAUGAAGAUGUGGAACUCUUCAUUUCAAAUCUUACUGAUAAGGGUCUCAUCAAAGCCAUGGCUCCAGGGUGCUUCACUCGUGUCGUGCAAAACGAAACCGACUUGAAGGUCGUGCGACAGAUGCCAACCAUCACGUCCAACAAGCAACCAACCAUUGCCAUCAUCACAGCACAUUACUCGGAGAAGUUAGCCGUUGACACGAUGAUUGAGAACCAGGAGACGUUCGUUCGAUACACUACAGUCGGUGAGAGCAACAUCUACACGUUAGGGAACAUCGGCGCUCACAGAGUCGUCUGCACGAAGCUGCCGACCGUGGGACACGAUCGCUCGGCCUCCAUAGCUGCUGGAAACACAACGACUAGAUUAUUAGGUACAUUCCAGAAGGUUGAAUACGUAUUCUUGGUUGGUACAGCAGGCGGUGUACCUCACUACACAGAUUACAACAAGCACGUUCGAUUAGGUGACGUAGUUGUCGCGAGUCCACCAGAAGGACAGAGGUUUAUAUAUAUGUACUGUGAUGGGGCUAAGGUCCUCGAAAAUGGAGCCUACGAGUUUGAAACGAAGUCCUGGGGUCCUCCAGAUCUGAGCCUUCAGAAUAUUGCUGAAAAAUUAAAGGACCAAGGUGAGGAGAAAGAAGGCCCAACUCCUUGGCUUCAGUACAUGACAGAAGGCAGCGCAAAGUUAGCAGAGCAGGAAAUGGACUUCUCUCGUCCAAACGAGGACACCGACAAGCUGUACAUGAGUAUAGGAGGGUCAGACGUUAUUGAAGUAUCCCACCCAGUAGCGCCUGAGGGAGCUGAACAUGUCAGGAUCCCCAACAAUCCUCGCAUUCACUUGGGAGCCAUUGCCUCGGGCCGCUGCGUAGUUGGGAACGACCAGAUUAGACAAGACUUCGCAUCGCAGCUGACUGUCAAUGCGUACGACCAAGAAUUCGAUGCCGUUGUAGAGUCUGUUUACGGAAAUCGAAAAGAUCACUACAUUUUAAUUAGAGGCAUCUGUGAUUACCACGAUGGCACCAGAAACAAAGACUGGCAACCGUACGCGGCGUUAGCAGCCGCAGGGUUCAUGAAAGCCAUCAUCUGCGGAAUGGAUGCUCCUACAGAUGUGUGAAUGCUUUAAUAGGGUCUUUAAGGGAGUUGGAUUUAGGAGCGUACGGUUGUUGAAAGAUUGUUUGCGUAAGGAAUUCUUUUUAUUUGCAUUGCAAAAAUGUUGGUCUAGUCUAAACAUUACUGAGUUUACGUCUGUAAAGUAUCUAUUUUUUCAAGAGUUUUAUGAUGUGUUUUCUAGGUAACACUUUUGAUAUGUAUCAUUAAUAUAUAUAUUUGCAUUAUAUGCAAACUACUUAGUUCUGUUUUAUUUACGUUGUGCAUGCAAGAUGUUUACUUUGUACAAGCAGUCCCUGGGUUACGACGGGGGUUCCGUUCUUGAGACGCGUUGUAAGCCGAAAAUCGUCGUAAGCCGGAACAUCACCAAAAAUCCUAAGAAAACCUUACUUUUAAUGCUUUGGGUGCAUUGAAAACUAUGUAAACUGCAUUCUUAUUGCAUUUUUCAUCAAAGAAACCUUGAAAUAUUGAUUAUUUUGCAUUUUUGGUGUCAUAUUUCUUCUGCCAGAUGAGUAUUGUAGGCGUCGUAACCCUGGAAAUAAUUUCUGAUAAAUAUAACUGAAAAGCGCCUUAACCUCGGAACGUCGUAAGCCAAACCCGUCGUAACCCGGGAACUGCCUGUAAUGGCAAGCAAUUUUUUUUGUCAUUUUUCACUUACAGUAUGUACAUUGUAUAUUUAUCAGGUGACGUUUCCUUCAAUGGCAUAUUGGUGCAUGUUGAAAAGACAGUGUGAUUUUAGAUUAGUUGAGAGGUGGUCCUAAUCUCUCGAUUUGCUGUUCGCAAAAGCCAAAAUAAAGGGGUCUCCCCAUCAAGAUUUCAUGGUGCAUUCAAAGGACGGACUUUUUUGUUUUUUUUUAGUAAAAGUUCCUACUCAUUGAUUUCUCCCUUCAACUCUUUUGCUUCAACUUGUUUUUUUGAAGGUUCUGUCGUUUCUCUAAAGCCUGCUUUCGUUCAUAUCUCAGAUUAGGUUUUCCUAUGACCCGUAUUCCGUCCAGGAGUUGAGCAAAUGUUGGGUAUCUACGAGAUUAAUAUUGGCAACUGAUUGUGUAACUUGCUAGCUAAUCAUAAGAUUUAGUAACUUUUUUCAUCUUAAUAGUCUCCUAAAAGUUGAAAUGCUUUUUCACAAAAGUCCCUUACAUUAUGUGUACACCAAGCAUUGAAGGAUACAGACAAAAGCUUCAAGAUUAUGGUUAAGUUGAGUUUCACAGAAACCUAUUUAUAUGUAAAAUAAGCCUCGUCUGCAAGACAGAACUGCACGACGAGUACAAGACAAUCCUAUUGUAAAUCUGUAGAAUAGCCUCUGUUAACAAUGUGAUAACAUGGAUUCUUCUUUUUCUUUCUUCCAAACGCAAAUUUUUUAUUUUUUUUCCGAGUGGCAGCGACAUUUAUACGCACUGCUUUCGUUCAGCAAGGAGGAUGGUGCUGGAAUUGCUUCCAAGUGGGUGGCAUUUGAUGUACUUCUUGCAACAUUUAGCUUUUUAUUUACAAUCUUCAAGUCGUGCAUUGCUGUAGGACAUUCUUUAUCGAUAAGAUUCACGAGGGUUGGCGUGCUACAUCAGGUGAAGAAGGCUGACAAUUUCAAAUCCUUCAGUAGUCGAAACACAAGCGUGUCGUACAUACUCGAGGAAUCUCAAACUCUGACCUGUCCUUGUGGUAAAUAUGAAAUAACUAAAAAAAGGUGCCUCUGAGAUAAAAUUGCUUGAAUAUGCGUCUUCCUUCGAUGACCAGGCCUGUUAGCACACAAAUCCUCAUUUGCCGUGUUAUGUGAAAAUACAAUAUUUUAUUGAAUCUUGUUGAGCUUAGGAUAUACCAUUUAUAUAGUGGAGAGAUUUCUAUACACAUACAUAGUCACAUAAAGUGAAGUACUGUACGUUAAGACUGAAGAGGUACUCUCACGGGCGCUGGAAGAAUUGUGAAGGACGAUCGUUUUACUCACCUCAACUUAGUAUGUCAGUUGUUCAUAGAUACUGAAGAGACCCUUUUGUGUUUUGUUUUUUUGUAUAUUUUUGGAACAGAGGACCACUUUUACAGUAAAGUAAGUUAACUACGUAUCCUAGAAAAGCAUUCGGGAAUCUUCUCUCAUAUCGGAGCAGCUUUGUUUUGUCAGAGUGCACAAAUACAUAAACAUACCUGUGCUUUAUUUGCACAAAAAAUCUGAACACUGCCUGUACAGUUGUUUGUUCCUGAAACAUACUUCUUUCCUAGCAGGCUGAUAUACAUUCCUGAUGUUGAUUCAGUCCUCAGUACCAAAUUGUCUGGUCCUCCUUGAUGUUUACCUUCAUGAAGUCUCUUUGCAUUAAGCCUGAUACUCUGUCGACUUUAUCGUUGGAAACAGAGAAAGUUUUAUUCAAGAUAGUUUUUGUUUAUGCUGAUUCUUAGCAAAGUACUAUUUCAAAUAUUUAUGAAUACAGUUCCUUAAUGGCAGUCUAUGACAUCCAAUCACAGAAUGAAAGUUGGAAGUGCAGUGUGAAAGAGAGAAGUAACAUUUGAUGUAGCUGCAGUCCGUUUCACUGCUGUUGAAAUUCAUUCAGAAAUAAAUUAUAAAGAUAUGUUUAUAUACCAAUUACAGAUCUCUUUGGUAAUUUAUGUCGCUUUUCAUUUUUCUAAUUUGUCAGAGUUGCAGUGUGACCAACUCAAUCAGGAAUGCAAUUGACGAUCUGAAAGAGAGCUGUAUGAUAACUAGUCUACCGAAUGUUAUUUAUUUUGUCUGAGUUCCCUCCUGCAUAACUGCGUUAUGCAUAAUAUGGUGUCGAAGUUGGAAUAUUAGAUAGUUUAGCCCUGUAAAUUUUAGGUUUGGUUCUGAAAGGGUAGUGUUUAAAUUACAGUUACACUUAAUAUUUCCAAGGUUACAGUCUGUGUAUAAUUUUUGCCGAAUUCAUCUACUUGUGUAUUUGAAGUUCUUAGGUGAAUACCCCCUGUUUAAAGUGUGCCAACGGACACCAAAUACUGACAUAAUAAAAAUUACCAACGUGA